CUUUUUAAUAAUUGGGCUUAGCCAGUGCAGUGGUGUCAAAUCCCAGGCCAGGAGUUGCAACGCUGAAAACUGUCGUGGAGAAAACAAGUGACUAAAAUGGAAUCUCUAAUAGCCUCGUACGGUGGCACAUCACACGACUCUGAUUCAGAACUCGAUUGCUCAACGACGAUUACAGUCACUGGUAACUUAAAUCCAGAUGAUCAUCCGGAGACGAAGAAUUUGCCUUUGCCACCGCUGCCUCUCUCUUUUCUCAAUCCUUCCAAUUCAUUGGUGAAAGAUACGGUAGAUUAUCUUACUACUAGUCAGCCGCAGUCGAGCAGAGUCCGGAGCUUUCACCAUGUUGAAGGCAACUCUUUAUACGUCUAUAUCCCAGUUACUAUACCAUCUGCACCGAAGAAGGAGAUGGCCCAGCUUUUGAAGAAGGUGUCAUCUAUUUUGCCUGGCCUUCAUACUGUUGGCCUUGACAUUCCAUUGAGUAGUCUGCGUAAAAAUGAUUCUAAGUUUCAGCGAGUUACAUUGGGAGGGAACUUUCAUAUAAGUUUAGGAAGAACUGUCACAAUACGUGUGCACCAAAUUGACUCUAUUGUAUCAAUGCUUCGCCAGAAGUUUCAGUGUCAGAGGCGGUACUGGAUUGAUUUUAGCAAGUGGGAGGUUUUCGUAAAUGAUGAUUUCACAAGAUCAUUUCUCUCCUUGGAAGUUCUUACAAGAGGAUUACUUGAGAUUACUCAGCAAAUUCAAGUGGUCAAUGAGGUUUACAGGCUUCAUAAUCUCCCUGAAUUUUACGAGAAUCCACGUCCUCAUAUAUCAUUGGCUUGGGCAUUGGGAGACAUUAGCAAUUCUCUAAAGAGAGUGGUUGAAGAAGAGACGAGGAGAUUAAGUGUUGAGGGUUCAUUGCAGAAACAUAUGUUUUCUUGUAAAUUCAAUGGCAUCAAGUGUAGGAUUGGUAAAAAAGUAUAUAAAAUAUGUAAAUUUUCUGAUGAUUAGCUAAACCAAUCAUUUAUGUUAUAUUUAUAGAACAGCAUUGUAUUCAUCCAAGGGAUCAGGGGUUCGCUAAUCCUUUGUUUAUGAACAAAUUAUUAUGAUGAA